GUACUAUGUUAUAUAAUUUACAAGCCAGAACAAAGGUAAUUAUAAACUCGACACAGGUUUCAUAUUUCACACUUACUGCCUACUUUGACAUGGGGCUUUUUAAAUAUUUAUAUUUUAUGGUUAUUAUGUUGUUAUAUAUACUAAUCGUUUGUGCCAAUCUUUUGCUUAUCACAGCUAUCUGCAUGAACAGAAGCUUACAUGAACCUAUGUACAUUUUCCUGUGCAGCCUGUUUGUAAAUGAACUGUAUGGUAGUACAGGGUUGUUUCCAUUCCUGCUGGUUCAGAUCCUCUCUGACGUUCACACUGUUUCUGCUUCACUUUGCUUCCUGCAGAUUUUCUGUGUGUACUCUUAUGUGUGCGUAGAAUUUUCCAAUUUAGCCGUCAUAUCUUAUGACAGAUAUCUUGCUAUCUGUUAUCCUCUGCAAUAUAACACAUAUAUGACAUUUAAGAAGGUUGUGAUGCUAAUUGCAGUAACGUGGUUAUAUUCUUUUCUUACCAUUGUCAUUUUGAUAUCACUGAUUGCUCCUUUACAGCUGUGUGGCGACACCAUCAACAAAGUUUACUGUUUAAACUACUCCAUUGUGAAACUGGCCUGCUCUGAAACCAGAGCCAAUAACAUUUAUGGACUUUUUGUCACUUUUCUCACAGUGUUUGGUCCUUUAAUUUUAAUCCUUUACACAUACAUGAAGAUUCUUAAAGUGUGUUUUUCAGGUUCUAAACAGACGAGACAAAAAGCUGUGAGUACCUGCACACCUCACCUGGCUUCUCUCAUCAACUUCUCCUUUGGUGUUUGUUUUGAAAUAUUACAAAGCAGAUUUGAUUUGAAAGGUGUGCACAGUAUGUUGCAUAUUGUUUUAUCCUUGUAUUUUCUGACGUGUCAGCCGCUCUUUAACCCUGUGAUGUACGGACUGAACAUGACCAAAGUCCGUAUUACGUGCAAAAAUAUGCUGUUAUGUUCUGUUGUAAAGUGCAUCAGGUUGACUGAAAGAAAAAAUUAACUGAUGUCUGAUUAUAAUGACAUAUAAUAAUGUCAUUAUAAUAAAAUACUCUAAUAAACAUGAGUUAUGCACUUGUUUUUCAUGAAGAAAAGCACAAAAGAAAUAAAGUACACUUGCUUGGCCUAAACUCAAGGCAGUGAGAGAUGCUGACACUUAACGAAGUACUUACAGUUUAUCAGGUUUUCAGUUGAGUCAGUUUGAUACAUAGCUGGAUCAGGUGUAGGCAACGUGCAAAUAUG